AUGGAUCAGUUCGACGUCGCAGUUGUGGGACUUGGUGUCCUCGGAAGCGGAGCGGCAUACUACGCCGCCAAGAAGGGCGCCACCGUGAUUGCAUUCGAGCAGUUCGAGCUCGGACAUGUACGCGGAGCUUCCCACGAUACUUCUCGCAUCGUUCGAACCUCCAAUUUUGCCCCCGAAUAUGUCGCUCUUGCAAAAUCGGCCUACAAGGACUGGGCCCAACUGGAACGGGAUUCAGGCUACAAGAUGCUGACAGUCACCGGCGGUGUGGUGUUCUUCGCGCCAGAUUCGCCAGUUCCAGCUAGCGACUUCACUAGGAGCUUAGAUGAUCAAAAUGUCCCAUAUGAGCUACUGGAUUCCCAAGAAGUGAAACGGCGAUGGCCUCAGUUUGAGAUUCCCGACAAUGUCUCGACCGUGUUCACGGCCGACUCGGGCAUCGCCCAUGCUGCCAAAACAGUCAGCACAUUGCAGGCUAUGGCCCGCUCCCAUGGUGCUGUCUUGAAAGAUAAUACGCCCGUCGACCGUGUUACACCCCAAUCAUCAGGUGGAGUGAUAAUCGAAACACCCAAGGGUCGAUUCAAGGCAGCCAAGGUCAUUCUUGCCACUGACGCUUGGAUCGACAAGCUACUCGCUCCUUUAUCUGUCCAUAUUCCCGUGUCUGUUAUGCAAGAGCAAGUUACAUACUACAAACCCACCGACGCGGCUGCCUUUCACACUGACCGUUUUCCUGUGUGGAUCUGGCAAGGCGCCAAUUGCUAUUAUGGCUUCCCCUGCUACGGCGAGCCGACCAUCAAGGCCGGCCGUGAUUUCUCGAAUAACUUUAUGACACCUGAGCAACGAACAUUCGUGCAUUCGCCCCAGCUGCUUGAGCAGCUGACAGGCUUCAUGAAGAGCUUUAUUCCUGACGAGGAGCGUCAGCCCCUGCGCACCAUCACUUGCCAGUAUACGAUCACUCCCGACCGACACUUUAUCAUCAGCCCCUUGGACAACCAUCCUGAUAUCAUCGUUGGUCUGGGUGCUGCACAUGCUUUCAAGUUUGCUCCGGCCUUUGGUCGGGCGCUGGCCGAGCUCGCCGUGGAUGGCCAUACCAAUGAGGAUAUCUCAAAAUGGGGAAUUCCGAAGGCUGCUACCCUCAACAGCAAGCUUUAG